CGCUGUUGUCACCGAUUCCUCCUCUCACCAGGGCGCCAUCAAAGUCAGCGCUUGCGUCAGUGCAGUCCUUGUGACCUUACUAAGAAGGUGUGCCGGGUCCCAGUUGGCCGGUCCGGGUGGUGCGCGGGAGACAAAAGCUGCAGAAGCACGAACACAAAAAGCUCACACAAUGACGGUUCCAGAAAAGCGGCCUCGCCAAAAGAAAGAAGUGCGGCGCCAUGUGUCGCUCAUGCGACAAGUGGCGAGGCAGGUGAUGAACAACCGGGACCCGCACGACGCCCGGCCGGUGCCUAGUCCGCCCUGGUGGUCGACGGUGUUCUCCAGCCGCUACAAGACUGAAAUGUGCCACCACCUGGAAGAGCAGGGCUUCUGCAACUUUGGCGCCGGCUGCGUCUACGCGCACAGCGCCGCCGAGCUGCGGCCCCUGCAGCGGCACCCCAAGCACCGGUCACAACUCUGCAAGGACUUCCACGAAGAGGGCUUCUGCAGCUUCGGCGGCCGCUGCAGCUUCAUCCACACCAAGCGGGCGACGGCCGACAUCGUGGAGGAUGUGCUGAACAACAUGCGCUUGGCACCCCCUAUGCCCGAGAACCCGGCCUCGGCUGCCGCCUCGUCCUCGUCUACCGGCUCUCGAGCGUCCACCCCGGCCAGCUGGAGCAGCUACGACCUUGGCGACACCACGCAGGGCUCGGUGGCCGACACCGGUGGCGGCGAGGCAGCAUUAGCAGCAGCGGCGGCUGCUGCAGGGGACGAGUCCCCGCCACCCACCAAGAAACGCAAGAGGCGAGCGCAGGGAAAGAAGAACGCGUCCCUGGACCCUCGCUGGAAUCCAGGUACGUGGAAGCGCGACGAGACCGACCUGCCUCCUUUGACUCUGGAGCCGAGUCUGCUGGACGCUUCGCUGGAGCCCGACUUCCGCCGGCGCUGGACUUAUCGCUGGAGGGACAUGCCGUACCGGCGCCUCGACGUCUUCGAGCAGCUCUGUCCGCGCGACGCCUGAACGACGGGCUCACCGAGUUCGACACAUGGACGACUAUUGCCGUGCGGCGACAGAAACAUUGACGACGUGCACUUUUACACGCACUGAUCACAUGUUGCGCGUGCGCCGUCGCACCUUUGACUUAAGCAGACUAUAUUUAAGGCAUUACAUCCAUGUGAGCAUGCGAUUGACGUACAUUAACGCGGAAUUAACAUGCGUGUUGCCUCGGCGUAGCUGUUCGACUUCCUUGAUUGGUGUUUGAAGUUUUAUCACGUGAUCCUUUAAGGUAAAUUGACUCGGUGCAUUAGAUUGCGCCUGCUUUCUUGAAGUCCGAGUUAGUGAAAGCUUCUAAUGCACGGAUAUGUGGGGUAAAUAAUCAUUUGACUACGCUAGCGGAAAUAACCUUGAGAGUCCCGUUGUAACGCGGGUAUUUAGGCCAGUUAGAUCUCAGGAGUGCAUUGAGGCGCAACCGUAUUGUGAUGCUCAAGCGGACUAUUUCAGAAUUUUCCUGCUGUAACAAACUGUGUUAAGCUUCACAUGUGAUAAAUCUAGUCGAUGGUUUCGAACACGAUUGUUAAGUUCGCAGAAAAAGAAAGAUGGCCAGUCUGUGUCGUGAAUAGGUGAAAUGAUACAAUAUAAACAUAGUAGACCAUUGGAAGUGCCUUUUGGAAGGGACUCCUUUAGGCUUUGAACGACGGUUGACUUUAUUGAAUAAGGUAUAAAUGGGGCCUACAGAUGAGCAUGGAAUAGGGCAGGCUUCUAGGAUGAACUGAGUUCCUCGAUUACAAAGUUUUUUAUUAGGUGGAUCCUAUACAUCCACGAUUUCCAAGGGCAUUGUUUUGCUGAAAGUGGUUGUCGCACGUAGAAGUUAGUUUCACGCAAAGCACGUCGCACGAUUUAUUUUGCGGCUACGCUUCCUGCCACUGGUCAACGUGCCUUAUUUAUCGCUACAAAAUAGUGCCAAACCAGAGAUUACGAGCCCGCUAUCAGGCGACAACUGUAUCGCCGCAGUGCAAAUGCUACUUUGUUGUCACUCGAAUACAAGGUAAAUAAUUUACCAUAGAAUAUUUGUGCAGUAUUUUGAUAGGGUUUAUUAGGCCCCUUUUAUAAGUAUUUGACUAGCGCUAAUUUUAGCGCGAAACGUGUACGUGCCCUAUUUGUGAGACCUGAUUUUGGAACAGCAUGCCAUUUACGAAAAUGUAUGACAUAUUGUAUUGUAGUCCAGUCAACAAAAAUUAUGAAAUCCAUUGUUGAACCUACUGGCGAACGCAUGCUCCGUUUUGAAGUGGAAUCAUCGCUAUUAUCGUGGUGGUUCCUGCGUCAAUAAAGUGUCUUACGCAAUACAAUGCAAUACUUGGCUUAAAUGUCGUGUGCAGU